UCUGCCUCAGUUUGUCUGCUCUGAUCACUUCUCCGCUGAUCCCAAAUUCUUCAUCAAUAGCAAGAAGAAUAAUAGGUUCCGCUUCCCAAACGGAUCAAGAAUCAAAACUCCUUGGCCCUUUUCCUCUCCCUCCCGAAUUCUAUCCAUUCAUUUAGUUUAUGCAAAAUUGAAUAGUUAGCAGACCGGAGGCGGAGGGGUCGAAAAUGGGGUGCAACCAAUCGAGGAUCGAGAACGAAGAAACCGUAACACGAUGCAAAGAACGAAAGCAGUAUAUGAAAGAUGCCGUCGCUGCAAGAAACGCUUUUGCCGCUGCCCAUUCAGCCUACGCCAUGGCCUUAAAGAACACCGGAGCUGCUCUCAGCGAUUAUGCUCACGGCGAAGUCCAAUAUCCCUCCUCUCCUUCCUCAUCCGUCCAUGGCGGACCCGCCUCUCUCCCACAGCCCCCCGUCGAGCAUCUUCCCCCUCCUCCCCCUCCCCUUCCCCCCUUUCACCAGCCUCCCCCUCCCCUUAUUCAGCGUGCGGCCUCCAUGCCCGAGAUGUCUUUCCCCAAACGCGAUUUGAAGCACUCCGACCCGAUUUUGGAAGAGGAGAAUGAAGAUGAGAUGGAAACCGAGAGUAAUCAUGGCGGGUUGAAGCAUCGGAGUAGUAAAAGUAGCGGUGGGGUUGGAAGUAGGAGUGGAAUUGGGCGCAGUAGUGAGGUCGUGGAUGAUGAAGAAUUGCGGAAUCCGCCAUCGCCGCCUCGACCGUCGCCGCCUUCGCCGCCUUUGAAGCAGAAUCGUUCCCCUCCCCCUCCUCCUCCGCCGGAGCAUAAAGGUAUGACUUCGUGGGAUUUCUUUUUUCCGCCAAUGGAGAAUGUUCCGGGGCCGACUCUGGCUGAAGUGGAUGAGGGGAGAGUGGAGAGGGAGGAAUUGGAACGCAAGGUCUUAGAAGAAAGGGCUAAAAGAAGUGAAAUUGAUGCUGAAGGCGGCAUUGGUGGCGGGGAUGGAGGUGGUGGUAGUGGUAGUGGUAGUGUUGGAGGUAGGAGGAGUGCUGGUGGGAAGGCGGAGUCAGUUGAGGAAGUGGAAAUGGCGCCGGAGCUACCACCGCAGCCACCUCAGGUAGCCCCUCCUCCAAAGGUGGUGAAGAGAGUUAAACAGAUUGUUCCAGCUGAUGCUAAAAGGAGGGUUGGGUCAAGUGUGAACUUGCUGCAGAUGUUCAGUGAAUUGGAUGAUUGUUUUCUUAAGGCUUCAGAGAGUGCUCAUGAGGUAUCCAAGAUGCUUGAGGCGGCUCGGUUGCAUUAUCACUCAAAUUUUGCUGAUAAUAGAGGACAUAUUGAUCAUUCUGCCAGGGUCAUGCGUGUCAUUACAUGGAAUAGGUCCUUCAGAGGUUCGUCAAAUGUUGAUGAUGUGAAGGAUGACUUCGAUUCGGAAGAGCAUGAAACCCAUGCAACAGUUUUAGACAAGAUGCUUGCCUGGGAGAAAAAAUUAUAUGAUGAAGUAAAAGCAGGUGAACAAAUGAAACUGGAAUAUCAACGAAAGGUUGCUUCAUUGACUAAACUAAAGAAACGUGACUCAAAUACAGAAGCUUUAGAGAGAAUGAAAGCAGCUGUUAGUCAUUUGCAUACUCGAUACAUUGUUGACAUGCAAUCUAUGGAUUCAACUGUUUCAGAAAUAAAUCGUUUGCGUGAUGAUCAGCUGUAUCCAAAACUCGUGGCUCUUGUUGAUGGAAUGGCUUUUAUGUGGGAGAGCAUGAGAGGACACCAUGAAAGCCAGUCUAAGAUUGUACAAGCUCUAAGUUCUCUGCACAUAUCCCAAUUCCCUAAAGAAACAAGUGAGCAUCAUCAUGAACGGACAUACCAGCUUUUGCAUGUUGUCAAAGAAUGGCAUAUGCAGUUUGACAAACUCAUCAAGAACCAAAAGGACUACAUAAGAGCGUUAAACAAUUGGUUGAAGCUAAACCUCAUUCCCAUAGACACAAAUCUGAAGGAGAAGGUUUCAUCCCCACAAAGACCUGCCAAUCCCCCAAUUUGUGUGCUCUUACAUGCUUGGCAUGACUGGCUGGAGAAGGUUCCAGAUGAGCUUGCUAGAAGUGCUAUUAAUAAUUUUGCUCAUGUUGUAGAUCAUAUAAUGGAGUAUCAAAUAGAUGAGAUGAAAUUGAGUGACAAGUGUAAGGAUACUCGAAGGGAGCUCACCAAGAAAACCGAACAGUUCAAUGAUUGGUAUCGUAAGUAUACGCAGCGAAGAACGCCUCCUGAUGAAUUGGAUCCAGAGAGGGCACAAGAUAAGGAUCUAAUCGUUGAGAGGCAGAUUCAGGUGGAAACACUCGAGAAGAAAUUGGAAGAGGAAGAAGCAGAAUACAAGAAGCAGUGCAUUCAGGUUAGGGAGAAGUCUUUAGCCAGUCUGAAAACCGGUUUGCCUAAUCUCUUCCUGGCUAUGUCAGGUUUUUCUCUUGCUUGUUCAGAUAUGUACAGGAACUUGAGGUCCAUCUCACAAAAGCGUAGCAGACGCGAGAGUCAAUAAUGAAAGCAGUGUGUGACCUUAUAUGAAGCUCUUCAUUAGCGGUUUCAUUUUAGACCUGAAAAAGAGCACUUUUUAAAAUGUAUUUUCUGUAUGUAAACUAUAGUUGGAUUUCCACUUUCAAAGCUCUUGAAUAUAAACCACAUCAAUGAGAUUUAAGUUAUAUAUACAUUGUUAAAAUGGAAGUGUUAUAAUUCAGUUGUUCCA